AUGCCACGAAUACCACAAAUAUCCCCAGCCUCACUGAAACUGCUACUCCAGAUGCCACGAAUACCACAAAUAUCCCCAGCCUCAAUGAAACUGCUCCUCCAGCAAGCGCCUCCUUUGGACAAGGCAGUGGCAGCAUCUACCUGGACGAUGUCAGCUGUGCAGGCUGGGAGUCGUCCCUCUUCCAGUGUGGCCACCAUGGCUGGGGCAGCCACAACUGUCGCCACAGUGAAGAUGCUGGUGUCGUGUGCUCAGGUCAAAAAAUUAUUUGUGGUGAUACACUUUUUAAGUCCUCUGGAACAUUUCAGAGUCCUUCUUUGAGUUCUUCAGAUAAAGCAGAUUGUUUGUGGCAAAUACAUGUAACAAACAAUUUCCGCAUUGCACUCACAUUUGAUUACAUUCAGUUGCAAGGUGGAUGCCAGAAUGAGUAUAUUGAGAUCUAUGAUGGGCCACCCAAAUCUUCUCCUCUGCUUGGAAGAAUUUGUUCUAGUUCUCCUCUCACGUACACUUCAUCUUCAAACUUCAUGUCUGGCAACAACGAAACAAUCACCUACUCCAAUGUGAUAAAAGUGUCUGCUCCUGGUAGAGUCAUCAAGAGGCAGAAGGACCUUCACUUGCACAUCAGCUGCAAAAUGCUGCAGAACACCUGGGUUCAAGUCCUGUACAUUGCUGAUGAUGGCAUUGAUGUCAACAAAACCCAGUAUGGCAGAUACAACGUGAGCCUCACGUUCUACAACUCCUCAUCUUUCCAGUGGCCAGUGCAUGACUUCCCAUACUAUGUUGACAUGGAUCAGAAUUUGUUCCUCCAAGCUUCUCUUCACAGCUCUGACCAAAAUCUGACGGUGUUUGUGGACACAUGUGUGGCAUCGCCUAAUUCUGGUGAUUUUACAACACUGGUCUAUGAAUUGUCCAAAAGUGGGUGUGCCAGUGAUUCCACCUACGUUCUUUUCCCCUCGCCACGCAGCGAUGUCGCUCGGUUUGGGUUUAACUCUUUCCCCUUCGUGAACCGAUUCCCGUCGGUUUUCCUGCGGUGUGAGCUGGUGGUGUGCAGGUACCACGACUUCUCCUCCCGCUGCUACCAAGGCUGUGUCAGUAGGUUCAAGAGGAACGCAGAUUCUUCCCAUAAACAAGUGAAUGUUGUUAUUGGACCCGUGCAGCUUCGGGAAGCUCACGCUGAGAACAGGAACAUUACUCCAUACGUCCAGCUGGUGAACGGAAGGCACCGAUGUGAAGGUCGUGUUGAGAUCUAUUACAGAGGACGUUCGGGGACAGUUUGUGAUGACUUGUGGGACCUGGCAGAUGCUGUGGUUGUGUGCAGGCAGCUGGGAUGUGGCAGGGCCAUUGCAGCUCUAGGAAGUGCCUACUUUGGGCAAGGCUCGGGUGACAUCGUGCUGGACAACGUGAUGUGCAGAGGGAAUGAGGCGUCCUUGCUGCGCUGCAAUCACACUGGCUGGAGGAUCCACAACUGUGCCCACUAUGAAGAUGCUUCUGUUAUCUGUUCAGAAGAGUCUGAUCCAACACCAACAGAGCCAACAUCAACAGAUACAACAGCACUGGAGACAACCUCCAUAGAAGAGACAAUACUCACAGAAUCAACAAUAUUUCUAAGAGAGACAUCAACGUUAGCAUCAACAGAUACAACAGCCUCAACACUGGAGACAACCUCCACAGAAGAGACAAGUCCAGAACCAACGACAUCUCUGAGAGAGACAACAGUGUCAGCAUCAACAGUCCUCACAGAGGAGACGACAUCCCCAUUGCAGUCAACCACCAUGGUGCCACCAUCCCCCAGAGCAGAGAAGUCCUUCCUAGUGGAGAUGGCCACCACAGUGCCAGUGAUGACCCUAGACGACACAUCACUAAUGACUUCCCCAGGAGACAUAUCCUCUUCACCAGAGAUGUCAGUGUCAUCCACUACCACUGUACCACUGUCAUACGCCCUGUCUGAUAUGAUCACCUCAGAGAGAUUGGACACCACAACAGAGGAGAGCAAAACAGGGGCCAGCGUGCGGCUGCGGGGCGGCAGGAACGGCUGCGAGGGCCGCGUGGAGCUGUACGACGGCAGCACGUGGGGGACGGUGUGUGACGACCAGUGGGACCUGCAGGAUGCCCAGGUGGUGUGCAGGCAGCUGGGCUGUGGCCAGGCCGUGGCUGCACUGGACACUGCCCACUUUGGCCUGGGCUCCGGCCACAUCUUCCUGGACGACGUGCAGUGCCGCGGGGACGAGCCCUCCCUGCGCAUGUGCCGGCACAACGGCUGGGGUGUGCACAACUGCGGGCACAUGGAGGAUGCCAGUGUCAUCUGUGCAGGGGCCAGCGUGCGGCUGCAGGGCGGCAGGAACGGCUGCGAGGGCCGCGUGGAGCUAUGCCAAUCCAACCACUCCUACUCAAUGGCCACUCACAACAGUAGCAAUCCUCCCCCAACCCUUUUUGAGUCUGCAAUGCUCAUGGUCACUAUGCCCUCCCUGCGCAUGUGCCGGCACAACGGCUGGGGCAUGCACAACUGUGGACAUGGGGAGGAUGCCAGUGUCAUCUGUGCAGGGGCCAGCGUGCGGCUGCGGGGCGGCAGGAACGGCUGCGAGGGCCGCGUGGAGCUGUACGACGGCAGCACGUGGGGGACGGUGUGUGACGACCAGUGGGACCUGCAGGAUGCCCAGGUGGUGUGCAGGCAGCUGGGCUGUGGCCAGGCCGUGGCUGCUCCACAAAAUGCUCGCUUUGGCCUGGGCUCCGGCCACAUCUUCCUGGACGACGUGCAGUGCCGCGGGGACGAGCCCUCCCUGCGCAUGUGCCGGCACAACGGCUGGGGCAUGCACAACUGCAGGCACAGUGAGGAUGCCAGUGUCAUCUGUGCAGCUCCAGUGGCCACCUCAACACCUCCUCCAGCACCUUAUUUUUGUGGUGGCUCAGUCUCAGAUUCCUCUGGGGUGCUGCAGAGUCCCAACUAUCCUGGAAGUUAUCCAAACAACGCUGACUGUGUGUGGGAAAUACAAGUAAAGAACAAUUUCCGUGUAACGCUCACAUUUAGAGAUAUUGCGAUGCAAAGCGGGACAUGCCAGCACGACUACAUUGAAGUCUAUGAUGGACCUCUCCACUCUUCCCCUCUUCUUGGGAGAUUCUGUUCUGGUUCCUUCCCCACAUACGUGUCCUCUUCAAACAUGAUGAGUGUUCGCUUCCACAGCGAUUCCAGAUACUCCUUCAGAGGAUUUCAGGCUCUCUACUCCUCCAUUCCAGCUGGUCACAACACCACUAUCCAGUGCUUGCCAGACUACAUGCACGUAGUGGUCAGCAGACGCUACCUGCAGUCUCAGGGCUACUCAGCACAGAGGGUCACCCUGAACGACAACCGCUGCAGAGCGACAGUCACGCCACGGGAGGUUGUAUUCAACAUUCCCUACAACGGCUGUGGGACAGUACAAGAGGAGAACAACGACACAAUCAACUACUCCAACACGAUCAGGGUCGCAUCUUCUGGGUAUGUAAUCAAGAGGAAAAAGAACAUCAACUUGCACGUCAGCUGCAAGAUGCUGAGGAAGAGCUGGCAGCAGGUGAUGUACACUGCUGAGGACACUGUGGAUGUGAACGAGUACCAGUUUGGAAGAUACAACAUGAACAUCACCUUCUACGAUUCCCCGGCGUUCCGGCGGCAAGUGCGCAGCUCUCCCUACUACAUCGACCUCAACCAAAACCUGUACCUCCAGGCUUGUCUUCACAGCUCAGACCCAAACCUCAAGGUGGUUGUGGACACGUGUGUGGCAUCACCCGACCCUCAUGAUUUUAACACGCUGGCCUAUUACUUAGUCAGGAAUGGGUGUCCUAGAGAUUCUUCCUAUGUCACAUAUCAGUCCCCUGCCAGCCACUUUGCUCGGUUCAAAUUUAACGCCUUUGAGUUCAUGAGCAGGCACCCGUCAGUGUACCUGAAGUGCCAGAUGCUGGUCUGCAGGCUCGGGGACUACUCCUCCCACUGCUACCGGGGCUGCAGCUCCAGGGCCAAGAGAGACACCAGCUCUGCUGAGGAAGAAGUGGAUGUGGUGGUUGGACCCCUUCAGCUCCGAGGAGGGGAUGCUCCGAUGAGGGUGGUGAAUGGGUGGGACCAGUGCUAAGGGCAGGCUGAAAUAUUUUGCAAAAGAGCCUGGGGGAACGUUUGUGAUGUUUUCUGGGAUAAAAGUGAUACAGCAGCUGUCUGCAACCAGCAGCAAGUGGAGCCUGGUGGAACAAGCCAGACAGAGACCCAAACUCACUAUGGAACAAAUUUACCGAAUGGAUUAAGGACAAAUUUCAGCCCAAAGCCCCAGCUGAGACUGGAAUCUGGAGAGGACCGAUGUGCCGGGAGGGUUGAAGUUUUUCAUGAUGGAAAAUGGGGCACGGUCUGUGAUGAUUAUUUCAAUAUGAACAGUGCCAACGUUGUGUGCAGACAACUUAACUGUGGCCGAGCUGUCUCUGUCCUGGGACUGUCUUACUUUGGCCUCAGUGGAAAAAUUAUCCAGUUGGAUGAUGUGCAGUGUAGAGGAACUGAAUCCCACCUUUGGGACUGCCGGCACGCCGGCUGGGGCAAGCACAACUGUGGACUCAAUGAGGAUGUUGGUGUCAUCUGCUCAGGUUCCUCCCCUGCUCCCAGCCCAACCCCAGCACAGACUGAGACAUCUCCUGCUCCUGAGACCCUGGCCACCCUCAAGGAAGACUCUGGAAAUAUUUCAGAACAAGACUUGUCACCUGCUGAGUUUGUAGAUGUGACAACCCCAGCUGCAGAAAUCCUUUCCACGCUGGCCGAAGGACAUGAUCAAAAGCAUAUCAGCAAUCAUCAGCUCCAUUUUCUAUCACUGAUUGAAGUUUUUCUCAACACGAGGUAUAAAAGUCAGAAAAGCCAAAGCCUGCCUUCUCCAGCUGCCCUCAAAAUGCAGCUGCUCAAGCAGUUCCUCCUUCUGCCUCUCUUUUCUGCUCUGGCUCUCAGUGAAGGCAACUCAAUAGAAUUCGCAGGGGUGCCUCGCUGUGGGACUUCACUUCAUGAGCCCAACAAAGCAUUAAGGAUUGAACUAAAGGCAAAUGCAAACUGCAUCUGGCAAAUCCAUAGGAAUGUAAAUCAAACAAUUAGGCUCAUUUUCUCCCAUUUCAAAUUUGCUCCUUCUUCAAGCUGUGAAUCAGAAAGCAUUAAAGUGUUUGAUGGUCCCUCCACUGAUUCACCUCUCCUUGGACAAGUGUGUGAUGACACAGAUGCAGUCCCAGUGCUUGAAUCAUCCUCAAACAGUUCAACUUUUCUCAUAACUACCAACGCUGAGGCUUUCACACGAAACUUCUUUGUCUACUACUACUUCUUUUCACCAGGGUCAACAGAAAAUGAAAAUUGUGGGGGACAAUUAACUGGUCCCAAUGGGACAUUCAGCAGCCCCAACUACCCAGCACCUUACCCUCAGUUCAGAUACUGUGUCUGGCACAUACAAGCACCAAAAAACUCGAAGAUAAACUUACAGUUCCAGGAUUUUUUCCUGGAAUUGGACAGAAAUUGCCAACUUGACUUCACAGCAGUCUAUGAUGGCUCCACCACAAAAUCUGGAUUACUGGGGAAAGCUUGUGGCCUUGCCCGGCCCACAUUUGAGUCUUCUUCAAACGCGAUGACAGUUGUGCUGUCCACAGACGACACCAACUCCUACAGAGGAUUUUCAGCUCAGUAUUCCAGUGUUUCCCUGCCAGGUCCCACAGAGCCCAACGCAACCCUUACCUGCUUUUCAGACAGCAUGAGAAUUGUUCUGAGCAAGUCUUACCUGGCCUCCCUUGGCUUUAGGGAAGCUGACCUGCAGCUGAAUGAUCCAUCCUGCAGACCAGUUGUAACAGAUUCAGUGAUCUUCUCCUUCCCAUUGGCCAGCUGUGGAACAAUUAAAAAGGAUGAAGGCCACAGCAUCACUUACACCAACACCAUCUCCCUGGCUCCAGCUGGCAACGCCAUCAUCACCCGCCAGAGGAACACUGAGAUCAUUGCACAAUGCAGAAUGAAGAACAAUGAAACCCUGGAAGUCAUUUACACCACAACAAACAAUGCCAUCCAGAACCUGACUGCUGGGGGGAGGUACAAUGUCAGCAUGGCCUUCUACGAGUCAGAUUUGUUCUCCAAGCCCAUACAAUACUCCCCAUACUACGUAGACUUGAACCAAACUCUCUUUACUGAAGUGACUCUUCAUUCCACUGACCCAAAUCUCCAGGUGUUCAUUGAUACCUGCACAGCAUCUCCACAGCCUGAUUUUGGAUCACUGACAUACGACUUGAUCAGGAGUGGCUGCAAUAAAGAUGACACUGUGGUAACCUACCCAGCAUUUGGAAACCAUGGAAGAUUCAAAUUUAGGGCCUUCAGGUUCCUGCGGAGCUUCCCAUCAGUUUAUCUCCAUUGUGACAUUGUGAUCUGCGACAGCAACACCACCAACUCUCGCUGUGCCAGGGGCUGCAUCUCCAGGCAGAAAAGAGCCAUCUCCCCAUACACAUGGAAAACCAACACUGUAGUGGGGCCCAUCCGCCUGAAAAGAGAUCUCAGGACUGCUGAGCACUCGGAAUCCCUCACUGAAGUGGAAGCUGAAAAAACACCAAACCUGCAACAAUACAACUUCUACACUCUGGCAUUUGUGGUUUUAAUUUCAAACAUUCUCAUUGUGGUAGCUGUGACACUAAGACAUCACAAACAUCAGGUAGGAUACAGCUAUCAAAAUGUCCAGAGCCCAUUUUAACUACUGGAGAUU